GUUUUCUGAGCAGAGAUGCUGCCUGCCUCCUGACAGUGUGCGGCGAUUCCCUAUUACUCCCCUUGAAAGGAGCUGCAAUCAUAAGCCAGAGAAUAAGCGAGUGAUGCGGCUGCUGCACAGAGAGUGACUGAGAGGAAGAGAAUGGGAGAGACUGGAAUCUGUGCCUGCCUCAGCAGCACUGCAGUGGUAAAGCCACCGACUGACUACAUGCAGGUUACUGCUCAUAAUGCAUUGCUACAGGGAGCUCAGAAGUCAAGAUGAAAUGCAUCGGCCUUCUCUUUCACUGCUUCUCUAUUGUCAUCAUGCAUUAAUUGCUGAGAGUUAUUUUUCUUCCUGUGGCUGACUGCCUGCAUCUCUUCUUGUACUGCAGGAGAGACAGUGAGGGAGAGAGCACAGCACCAGCCAGGUGUCCUGUCCCACAAAAAGGAUUCUGCAUGAUGUGCCAGUGCAGUCAGGGGCUGCUGCAAUGGUGUACAGAACCUCUGGAACAGCUGGAUUUAGGAUUAUUAAUGUUUUAUAGAGGUGUCCUGGACUCCGUCUAGCAAUUAGCUUGAGACAUCGGCUGCCCUUUGGGGCUUGUAGUCUGCUUUCCAUCUUCCUCUCAUUACUGGUUUUGCACUCAUCUGGGUCGGCAGCAUUUGAGCUAGAGGAAGGGACUUUCUUGGCCAGGAACUGGAGGGUGCUGUUGGGAGAGCGCAGGUGUGAGCUCUGGAGAGAACUGCAGCCUGACCAGCCAUGGCUCAAGCAGCUAAACAGCUGAAGAAAAUCAAAGAUAUUGAGGCUCAGGCUCUGCAGGAGCAGAAAGAGAAGGAAGAAUCCAAUCGCAAGCGCAGGAACCGCUCUCGGGACCGGAAGAAAAAGGCUGAUGCUGCAACCAGUUUUCUGAGAGCUGCAAGAUCUGGGAACCUGGACAAAGCCUUGGAUCACCUCAGGAAUGGGGUAGAUAUUAACACCUGUAACCAGAAUGGGCUGAACGCUUUGCACCUGGCCUCCAAGGAGGGCCAUGUGAAAAUGGUGGCAGAGCUGCUGCACAAGGAGAUCAUUCUGGAGAUGACGACCAAGAAGGGGAACACAGCCCUGCACAUCGCUGCCCUGGCUGGGCAAGAGGACGUGGUCCGGGAGCUGGUGAACUAUGGGGCCAACGUCAAUGCACAGUCUCAGAAAGGCUUCACACCCCUCUACAUGGCAGCGCAGGAAAACCACCUGGAAGUUGUCAAGUUCUUGCUGGAAAAUGGAGCCAACCAGAACGUAGCUACAGAGGACGGCUUCACGCCACUGGCAGUGGCUCUGCAGCAGGGGCAUGAGAAUGUGGUUGCUCACCUCAUCAACUAUGGGACGAAGGGUAAGGUCCGCCUGCCCGCCCUGCACAUCGCCGCCCGCAAUGAUGACACCCGCACAGCUGCUGUGCUGCUGCAGAAUGACCCCAAUGCUGAUGUCCUCUCCAAGACUGGAUUUACCCCCCUGCACAUUGCAGCUCACUAUGAGAACCUCAAUGUGGCUCAGUUACUGCUCAACCGUGGAGCUAGCGUCAACUUCACGCCCCAGAAUGGGAUCACACCCCUGCACAUCGCCUCCCGUCGCGGAAACAUCAUCAUGGUACGGCUGCUGCUGGACCGCGGCGCCCAGAUAGAGACAAGGACCAAGGACGAGCUGACUCCUCUCCACUGUGCAGCCCGCAAUGGACAUGUGCGAAUCGCAGAGAUCCUGCUGGACCACGGGGCUCCCAUUCAAGCCAAAACCAAGAAUGGCCUGUCGCCGAUCCACAUGGCAGCACAGGGCGACCACCUGGACUGCGUGCGCCUGCUCCUGCAGUACAACGCUGAGAUCGAUGACAUCACCCUGGACCACCUAACACCGCUGCACGUGGCUGCACACUGCGGGCACCACCGUGUAGCCAAGCUGCUGCUGGAGAAGGGGGCCAAGCCUAACUCCCGAGCCCUGAAUGGCUUCACGCCUCUGCAUAUUGCUUGCAAGAAGAACCAUAUCCGGGUGAUGGAGCUGCUGCUGAAGAUGGGUGCCUCCAUCGACGCUGUCACGGAGUCCGGCCUGACGCCCCUGCACGUGGCUGCCUUCAUGGGUCACCUAUCAAUUGUCAAGACCCUGCUGCAGCGUGGAGCAUCUCCCAAUGUGUCCAACGUGAAAGUGGAGACACCCCUACACAUGGCAGCCAGAGCAGGCCACACAGAUGUGGCAAAGUAUCUGCUGCAGAACAAAGCCAAAGUGAACGCCAAGGCCAAGGAUGACCAGACUCCUCUGCACUGUGCUGCACGCAUCGGCCACACCAGCAUGGUGAAACUCCUGCUGGAGGACGGCGCCAACCCCAACCUGGCCACAACAGCUGGGCACACGCCGCUGCACAUCACGUCCAGAGAGGGGCACGUGGACACGGCACUGGCCCUGCUGGAGAAAGGGGCUUCACAGACCUGCAUGACCAAGAAAGGAUUUACCCCUCUGCACGUUGCAGCCAAGUACGGGAAGGUGGAUGUGGCUGAGCUGCUGCUGGCACGUGAUGCUCACCCCAAUGCAGCAGGAAAGAAUGGCUUGACCCCACUGCAUGUGGCUGUGCACCACAACAACCUGGAGAUCGUCAAGCUGCUGCUUCCCAAGGGGAGUUCUCCGCACAGCUCGGCCUGGAACGGGUACACCCCCCUGCACAUUGCCGCCAAGCAGAACCAGAUGGAGGUGGCCAGCAGCUUGCUGCAAUACGGGGCUUCUGCAAAUGCAGAGUCCGUGCAGGGAGUCACCCCCCUGCACCUGGCUUCCCAGGAGGGGCAUGCGGACAUGGUGGCACUGCUCUUCUCCAAACAAGCCAAUGGCAACCUUGGCAACAAGAGUGGCCUGACUCCUCUCCAUCUCGUGGCCCAAGAGGGGCAUGUGCCGGUUGCUGAUGUUCUGGUGAAACAUGGAGUCACAGUGGAUGCAACAACCAGGAUGGGCUAUACCCCGCUGCAUGUGGCCAGCCACUACGGGAACAUCAAGCUGGUGAAGUUCUUGCUGCAGCACCAGGCUGAUGUCAACGCCAAGACUAAGCUGGGCUACACCCCGCUGCACCAAGCCGCGCAGCAGGGCCACACGGACAUCGUGACGUUGCUGCUGAAGCACGGCGCCUCUCCCAACGAGAUCAGCACAAAUGGCACCACGCCUCUGGCCAUCGCAAAGCGCCUUGGCUACAUUUCUGUCACGGAUGUGCUGAAGAUCGUCACAGAGGAAACCAGCAUCCUGCCGGUCAGUGAAAAGCAUCGCAUGAGCUUCCCGGAGACUGUAGACGAGAUUCUGGAUGUGUCAGAGGAUGAAGGCACUGCUCACGUCACUGUAAUGGAGGAGGAGCUGAUCGCACCCACGCCCAAGACACUCGAUGCCGGGGACCAGGAGGGCAAGAGGGAGGUGCUGGAGUUUGUGACCGAGACGACACUGGAACAAAUAGUGGAGUCUCCAGCCGUCCUGCAGAUCCCCCACGUCCCACCCGAAACUGUGGUGACCAGAGCAGAGGAGCCCGAGCAGGUAGGAGCUAUCGAGGCAGAAGCCGAGCAAGUCAGUGUGCUGCAUGCACCCUCGGUUCCCCCGCAGGAGCCCUCCAAGGAGUUCGACGAGGACUCGCUGAUCCCCAGCAGCCCUGCCACGGAGACCUCGGACAACAUCAGCCCGGUGGCCAGUCCCGUGCACACAGGGUUCCUGGUGAGCUUCAUGGUGGACGCCCGCGGCGGCUCCAUGCGGGGCAGCCGGCACAACGGGCUGCGCGUGGUCAUCCCGCCCCGCGCCUGCGCCGCCCCGACUCGCAUCACCUGCCGCCUGGUGAAGCCCCAGAAGCUGCCGGCUCCCCCGCCGCUGGCCGAGGAGGAGGGCCUGGCCAGCCGGAUCAUCGCCCUGGGGCCCGCCGGCGCCCAGUUUCUGAGCCCCGUGAUCGUGGAGAUCCCGCACUUCGCCUCGCACGGGCGCGGGGACCGCGAGCUGGUGGUGCUGCGCAGUGAGAACGGCUCCGUCUGGAAGGAGCACCGCAGCCGCUGCGAGGAGAGCUGCCUGGAGCAGCUGCUCAACGGCAUGGACGAAGAGCUGGACAGCCAAGAGGAGCUGGAGAAGAGGAGGAUCUGCCGCAUCGUCACCACAGACUUCCCUCUCUACUUCGUGAUCAUGUCCCGGGUUUGUCAGGACUGCGACCUGAUCGGCCCCGAGGGAGGGUGUUUGAAAAGCACGCUGGUGCCCAUGGUGCAGGCCACCUUCCCGGAGACGGCUGUCACCAAGAGGGUGAAGCUGGCCCUGCAGGCACAGCCCGUGCCCGACGAGCUGGUGACCAAGCUGCUGGGGAACCAGGCGACCUUCAGCCCCAUCGUCACAGUGGAGCCACGCCGGAGGAAAUUCCACCGCCCCAUCGGCCUCCGCAUCCCGCUGCCGCCCUCCUGGAAGGACAGCCCCCGGGACAGUGGCGAGGGCGAUACCACCAGCCUGCGCCUGCUCUGCAGCGUCAUCGGAGGGACAGCCCAGGCUCAGUGGGAAGACAUAACAGGCACCACGAAGCUGGUCUAUGCCAACGAGUGUGCUAACUUUACCACCAACGUGUCUGCCAGGUUCUGGCUGGCAGACUGCCCGCGCACAGCUGAGGCCGUGCACUUCGCCACCACGCUGUACAAGGAGCUGACAGCUGUGCCCUACAUGGCCAAAUUUGUGGUGUUCGCCAAGAUGAACGACGUGCGGGAAGGCCGGCUGCGCUGCUACUGCAUGACCGACGACAAGGUCGACAAGACUUUGGAGCAGCACGAGAACUUCACGGAGGUGGCCCGCAGCCGGGACAUUGAGGUGGUGGAGGGAAUGCCUCUACACGUGGAGCUUUCGGGCAACCUGGUGCCUGUGAAGAAGGCUGCACAGCCACGCACCUUCCUCUUCCAGUCCUUCCGGGAGAACCGUCUUGCCAUCCCUAUCAAGGUGCGGGACAGCAGCCGGGAAGCCAGCGGCUCCCUGUCAUUCCUGCGCAAGGCCAUGAAGUAUGAGGACCUGCAGCACGUUCUUUGCCACCUGAACAUCAGCGUGCCGCCCUGCACCAAGGGAGGUGGCAGUGAGGAGCGGAGGAGGACGCUGACGCCGUUGGCUCUGCGGGAGAGAUACAGCAUCCUCAGUGAGAGCAGCCUCGGCUCUCUGAGCAGCACAGACAGGGCAGACCAGAAGAUAGUUGAUAUAGCGGAACAGCUGGGCCUCAGCUGGGCAGCUUGUAUGCAUGCAGUCCGCGCUAGCUCCUCUGACAGGCUGGCUGUGCAGGUCCCAGCGCUUCUGCUAACCUGUGAACAUACGUUGGCACUGAAAGGAGCCUACCUGCAGCUGUGCAUGCAAUGCAAAGCAUGCACACGGAUGCCAGGCUGGGGUUUUGCUCUGAGUGAGCUGGCACGUGAACUGCAGUUUGGGGUGGAUGACAUCAACAGGAUACGUGUGGAGAACCCCAACUCCCUGCUGGAGCAGAGCAUGGCCUUGCUCAACCUCUGGGUCAGCCGCGAGGGCAAGGAUGCCAAGGUCGAGAGCCUGUACACGGCGCUGAGGAAUAUCGACCGCGGGGAUAUCGUCAGCAUGCUGGAGGCCUCCGGCCGGCAGAGCCGCAGCCUGAAGGGCAGCUGGCGCUACACGGACAGGGACUACGCCCUCUCGCCAUCCCAGAUGAAUGGUUAUGCUUCGCUGCAGGACGAGCUGCUCUCCCCUGCCUCCCUGCAUUACACACUGCCGUCCCCGCUGCGUGCCGACCAGUACUGGAAUGAGGUGGCCAUCAUGGAUGCCAUCCCCAUGGCUGCCACUGAGCAGGACGCCCUGAUGGAGAUGUCUGACAUGCAGGUGUGGUCCUCGGGGCUCACCCCUUCACUGGUGACUGCUGAGGACUCCUCUCUGGAGUGCAGCAAGGCCGAGGACUCGGAUGCCACAAGCGAAGGCCGAUUCCCGGGUCAGCUCCUGGCAGACGCGCAUGGCCCAGACCACCUGGGCUCUAUGGACCUGGUUGAGGAUGACACAGUGGACUCAGAUGCCAUGAAUGGCCUGAUUGACCUGCUAGAGCAGGAGGAGGGUCAGAGGCCAGAGGGGAAGAUGCCAGCCAGUGAUCACCAGCUGCGGAUGGCCGGGCAGCAGGACCCAGAGAGUGAAGUCUCUUUUGUUUCAGUUCAGCAGAAGGUGCAAGCCAGGAUCACGGCAUCACCUACUGUGAGCCACGUGGCUGAGAAGAGCGCGGACAGGCUGAGGGACUGGAAUGCAGAAGGCUCCUUUAUCUCCUGCCUACAGGACCUGGCAGCGGGCUCCUGGCAGGAGGGGGUCACCCAAAGGCUGCGCCUGACGCACGCUACGGCCUCGGGGGCGCAGGGCCAGGAGCAAGAGCAGGUCCUGGUGCCAGCCGUGGAGCCGAUGCGGACCAGCUCCGCAGAGGACAGCGACUGGCAGCCCUGGCACUCCGCGGGCCAGGCCUUCGGCCGCUGGCAGGAGACAGACAGCAGCUUCUUUGUGCAGAUGAGGGGGAAUGAAGUCCUCACUCUCCCCGGGGAGCAGGUGACAGAGGAGCAGUUCACGGACGAUCAAGGCAAUAUCGUCACCAAGAAGGUCAUCCGGAAGGUGGUGAGGCAGCUGGGCCCCGGGGACGCGGGCAGCAGGCGGGAGCACGAGGAGCUGCUGCUGGAGGGGUUGCUGCAGCAGCCCCGCGAGCUAGAGGCCGAGGCCGAUCACUUCAUGGACUACACCAGCCUGCACCGGGACGGUCUGGGGGCCAAGGAUCUCACCUCAACACCAAACCACUAAACGCCACACAUGUUCUGACACAUACCUGAGAAGAGGAGAGAGGAAAGCAGAGAGUGGAGGGGAGCAGGGCUGGCUGUACAUGUUUCUAUAGGCUAAUGGCAUGAUUUCUGUAUGAGACAUACUUACCGUCCUAUUCGCAUGACUGACUGACUGCAGACGCAUGAGCUACAGUACUUAAUACCGACGGAGGGGCCUCCGUCCCCGACCCGUUGCCGCCAGGAGCCCAGGGACCGUUGCACGCGUUAGGGGCACCAUCCUCUUGGCUGCGCUGGGAGGCAAAAGCCGGGCUGGCAGCAAACGCGAGGGAAGGUGCAUCCACCCUCGUGCGUGUGCGUGUGCGUGUGCAUCCCCAGGCCCCUGCCCCAGCCGCGGGAGGGAGGCCGGGGCAGCACGGCACCACCCGCCGUGCGAGGAGAGGGUCUCGGGCCCUGUCGCCGUGCUGCCGCUGCGGGACCCGUGCCCCAUCCCCAGCACGCGCCGGAGUGUGGGGAGGGCAGCGGUGGCCGGGAGCAUGGGACAGGCGGGCUGCAAGGAGCACGGCCGCCCUUGGCAGAGCGGCCGGGGCAGGGCCGCCCCUCCUCUCCUCAGCACGUGCACCGUCUCCUGCCAGGGCAGGGCUCUGGCCAGAGCGCUGGGCUCGUUGCUUGUGUUGAAAGUGCGAACUGUACAGCGAUCAGCCUUGUGUAUAUGAACCAAUAAAUACUAUGCAAACCCCUAGGGACACUCUAGCCGUAUGUACAAAGCACUAACAGCUCUGCUCCCAAAUACCUCUUCAGGCUGCAGGAUGGGCCAAGCCCUUGGAGAACGGGAGCAGCUCUGGCGACUGGCGCUGGGAGGCUUUAGGAGUGGAGGACAGCCGACUGCUCCUGCCCCGUGCCCCUCUCCGGUCACCUCCUGGCCUGAAGAGGGGGGCCUGAGGGAGCAGUCCCACGGGCCUGGCCGCGGUGCAAGCCCCAGUUUGUGCUGGCUCCAGCUGGGGUGAAGCUGGUAGCCUGCAUGGAGGUGCUUGGGGCCCAGGGAGGAUGGGUAGUGACAGAGCAGGGGACGCUCGUGCCGCACAUCGGGCUGUGCCUGGCUCUACUCAGCACAAUAUCUGCUCAGGAGAGGAGCCAGGAGCUGGCAGGAGCCAGCAGACCUGCACCACGCACCCGCACAAGGGCUCUGCAGGGUCCCCUGGCCUCCCGCGGGGGCACAAACAAGCACAGCCCCGACCCCCGCCAGUGCCGACCCUCCUGGGACCAACCUGGGCGUGUGAAAGGCCAGCGGUCGCCCCGAGAGCUGGACCCAGCCCGGAGCCCGCUGCUCCAGCCGUACCGGGCAGCGCUGCCCGCGUGGCUCAGGUCCCCGCGGGCUGAAGCCGCUGCGGUACUUGACCCCGGGAGAUCAGGGAGGAGCAGCAGGUCCCGCGUCCCCCGGCCGUCCUUUGCCUCGCCCAAGGCGGGACCGGGGUUUGCGGGGGCCGGCUCUCCCCGGGAGGUGGCCAUGGACCUGCUUCGCAGGACAAGCCCGUGCGAGGGGCCGCGCGGCGGCAGCGGGUGUCCGUCUGCCAGGGAGCCCCAGCUCCCCUGCAGCCCGGGGAGGAAGCCCAGCCGCAGCGAAGCAAACAGCCAGCUUAGUCUCAGAGAGCAAAGCGUUCCCCCCGCCCCCCGCCCCAGGUAGAGCCAUGUAGGGCACAGACUCUCCAUCCAUCACCCUUGCUGCGUACAAUAACCUCCCCAGACCCACCGCUGCAGCUGCCUCCGAUAGCACCGCCGUAGACUUGCGCGUGGGUCCUUGCUUUGGCCUCGUAUACGCCUUAGGGAAUGUGCUGUGCUGCAACCGUGCCGGGCACCUGCAGUGGCAUUGCUUUGCGCUCGGAUUGCUAGUAGGGCUGGUAGAGGGAGGCUGCAUCCGACAUGAGCCUAGGGAAUACUGCAGUCUGCACACUAGAAGCUUUUUAGAAGUUUUAAAAAUUACUUUUAUUUCCUUUUUUUAAUUGUUAUGGAAACAAGCCUUUUGGAUCUCCCUGUCUUAGCCCCUGAUGUAUAGAUCAUUUCCCUGUACACCAGCUACUGGACUAUGAAUUAAUAAAGAAAAUGACACAG